CUCGGUCAGCCACAGGAGAGCGACAGACGCCCAGGUUUCCCUUUGCUCUUCCUUGCUCUCUAGCCGAGCGAUUCCCAGGCGGGGGCGCCUGCAGCUGACUGAACUUGGCCGCUCCACUCCCGGCAGCUCAGUGCUCUCCAAUCUCCUGAGCCUGCAGGACUAGGAUGGCGCCUCAACCCUCGGGUGUGCCCACCAUCCAAGCGACCCACGAGACCGAGCCAUCAUUUCCCGGAACCUCGGACCGCCAAGUGGCCUGCAUUGCAUCCUCCCCGCUUAGCCCCACUCGAAUGCUCCGGGACCUCGCGGAAACAGAAGAAGGCGGCUGCAGAGGGGCGGAGAGGCAGCUCCGCUCCCGGCGCGGAGGUCGCAGCCGGCCCAAGAACGAACUGGCGCUGAGCAAGCAGCGGCGGAGUCGCCGCAAGAAAGCCAACGACCGCGAGCGCAAUCGUAUGCAUAACCUCAACUCAGCGUUGGACGCGCUGCGGAGCGUGCUCCCCACUUUUCCCGACGACGCGAAGCUUACCAAGAUCGAGACGCUGCGCUUUGCGCACAACUAUAUCUGGGCGCUGACGCAGGCGCUGCGCAUAGCUGAUCACAGCUUGUACGGGCCAGAGCCGCUGGUGCCUCCCUCUGCGGAGCUGGGCAGCCUGGACGACGGCUCCUCCGGGGAUUGGGGCUCCCUCUACUCUCCAAUUUCCCAGGCUGGCAGCCUAAGCCCCGCUGCCUCACCCGAGGAACGCACAGGGCUGCUUCUGAUGCCCACCUCCCCCACAGGCCUGUGCCCGGGCGCUUUGGCUUUCUCGGACUUUUUGUGAAGUGGCCAGUCAGUGGCAGGUAGUAGGAGCUGGGGGAGAAGACAGAGCGAUCGCGGGUGGGCAGUGACGGGCAGGCAAGCACACUCGUUCCUCCAGUCUCUCACUGACUUCGUCCCUGACUGGCCAAGGCGCAAGCGGGGCGACAGUCUGGGUUCGACCAGACUGGCAUUCGGCCCUCUGUGCCACGCAACCCCUGUGGCCGCGCGCAAGGUGGGCAUUGCAAGCUCG